UCGAAAAAUCAUUUGCGAAAACAUCAUGAAAGGAUAGCGAAAGUUGAUGAAAUUUCUCCUCCAGUUUUUCCUCAAUUAAAAGUAGUUAUUGCUUGUGUCAUAGGUCCUAAGUGUAGUUAAUCGGAAGGUCUUGGCCAAAAUGUUCGCUAGAGUGUCCUUUUAUCCUACUCUCUUCUACAAUGUGUUCAUGGAGAAAGUGACCACGCGGCGCUGGUACGAUAGGAUAGACAACAAUGUGAUUCUAGGAGCGCUUCCCUUUAGAUCCAUGACGCAAGACUUGAUGCAGCAGGAGAAUGUGAAGGCGGUGGUUUCAAUGAAUGAAGACUACGAGCUCACGCUCUUCUCAAACAAUGCUGAGAUGUGGAAGUCGCAUGGUGUGAAGUUUCUCCAAUUGCCCACAAUCGAUAUCUUUGAGUGCCCCGAUCAGUCGAAGUUGAUCCAGGGAGUAACUUUUAUCAAUCGAUUCCUUCCGCCAAUCUCCAAAAUUCCUGGACUUGUAUCGCCAGACGCUGAGGCGUCAGACUCGCCUGGAACGGUGUACAUUCACUGCAAAGCGGGAAGGACUCGGAGCGCCACUCUUGUUGGCUGUUACCUGAUGAUGAGGAACGGAUGGACUCCGGAGCAAGCUGUUGAGUUCAUGAAGGAGAAACGGCCUCACGUGCUGCUCCAUCGACAGCAGUGGAAAGCCCUGAGCACCUUCUAUGCGGAAAAUGUUACCAGAAGUCGGGCUUCCUCGCAAGAGAGCGCUGUGUAG